AAAGGGCCGCCCAUACUAAAAAUGGAGCCGGGGGUGACAACCUGGCAGAUACGUAAGAGCGCCCUGCUGUUUCCCGCGGGUGACAUCCACGUGUGUGCUGUGAUCAGAGAGACAAUGUUUACAUCGAAGCUGCUCACACUUGUCCUCGUUGUCCAGCCCCCAAGAAUUCUGUUGGGAAUGAAGAAACGUGGUUUUGGUGCUGGCCGGUGGAAUGGUUUUGGUGGCAAAGUGCAGACUGGAGAGACGAUUGAACAAGCUGCAAAAAGAGAACUCUGGGAAGAAAGUGGUCUAACUGUUGACACCCUACAGAAAAUCGGUGAGAUAAAAUUUGAAUUUUUGGGCGACACUGAGAUUUUGGAUGUCCAUGUGUUCCGAGCAGAUUCUUUCAAAGGAGAACCAGUUGAAACUGAAGAAAUGCGCCCUCAGUGGUUUCCCCUGGAGAAGAUCCCCUUUGACAAUAUGUGGCCGGAUGACAUCAUUUGGUUUCCCCUUUUGCUACAGAAGAAGAAAUUUCAAGGAUACUUCAAGCUUGAGGGUCAUGACAAAAUCCUAAACUACACCUUAGAACAAGUGGAAGAUAUAUGAAGAUUACUAAACUUUUCUUAAGACUAUUCAUCGCACUAUUAGUUUGGUACCUUUUCUAGGCUUAGUGAUGGACAGAUGUUUUAUUUGUUAAUAUUUUAGUCGUUACACUUUUUUUUAUAUAUAUAAUGACAUUGUUCUACAUGGGUUUUCCCAGUGCUGGAUUGAAUGUUGACCAAAUUUGAGGGGGUGGCAUGAAUCCUCUAUAAGGCAACUUUUUUCCCUCCUCCAAACGGUUUAUACUUUUAUUUUUUUUGUCAUUCACUGUUUGUUUGUUCUGGUAACAAAUACCUAAUUUUAUAUCUGCCUUUGUCAUUGUAUGCAUUUUUUUUUAUGGCCUAAAAGUCAUGCAUGCAAGGGGAGGCAUUUCUGACUAAACUAGGUGAAAGUAACCAUUUCUUAAAAGAUAAGGUCUUUAAAAAAAAAAACAUCUUCCACAAUACAGCAGGUAACUGAAAUGUG